UUUUUUUUCUUUUAAAUUACAAUUAUUAUUUUCCUUCUUUUUUAAUACAUCAAAAUCAAUGAUAAUGCAAAUUACAACUAUGCCUGCUCCUACCUUAUUAAAAUCUAAAUGGAAUACAUUCAUCACUAAAUUAUCUCCUACACACGAACAUGCACCUCAACCAAGAAGACGACGCAGCAGUGCUGAAGAUCACAGCAAUAACAACAUAAAGAAUCAAAAACGUAGAAAACACAGUGAUGCCGUAUCUGUUGGUACUUACGAGUCUAACGUCAGUAUCGCAGAUAAGUUUCGUCAAGUGAUUCCAUUCUUUCGCAGAAGUACCUGUUCCAACAUGUCAUCCGAAGAAAACUUACCGACCACCGCCACCGUCACUACUACAACAGCAACAGCGGCUGCCCCUGUCACUGUCUGCACGGCUACAUGUGAUUACUAUAAGCAGCUGGACGAGCUUAAAUCCCUUUACACGCUUGCUGUAGAUGAGAUCAACUAUGCUGAAGAUUCACAGGGAUCAUCCUACUACUCAGGAGAUCUUGUUACUGCACGUGAAGCGUUGGAUGACUGCGCAAAUGCUUUCAUGCAACUUCUUGCCCAGAUAAACGAUCUCUUAACACGUGAAGGUCUUCAAUCCUCCAUGGCACCCAAAUUACUUCGUCUUCAAAAGAGAUUGGAUGCUUUACCCGACAUUGAAGACUGCUAAAAAAAAAAAAAAUUAUACCUUUUUUUUUUUUUUAUUAUCUAUUGUAAAUUAAUUAUUCAUCCCUCUCAUUGUACAUAACACUCUUUCCCCCCCAAAAAAAAAGUAACCUUUACUAUUAAUUUGUAUAUAUAAUUAAUUUUUUCUAAUUCCAAUUCCCAAUUUUUUCUUUUUUUUUUUUUUUAUAAUAAAAAAAAAACUUCAACUCCGAA